UCCCUCCGCAGCUCCGCUUCAUGGCUGCAGAUUAGGGUUUACGGUGGGAGUUGGGUAUUUUCUUUCUCCUCCCUGACGUAGAUUGGGGAAGUAGAACGGGAGUGAUGCGGAGGCCGAAGCCGGACCCCUCCGUUCCUGUGAGGAGGAGGAGGUUUGUUCAGUUCCUACUUGGCGUUGGGCUCAUAUACCUCUCCUUCCUCUUACUCUUCGAGUUUCCGUUCGUCAACCUCCAGUUGCGGAUGAAAGGUGCUGGUGGGAUUGUUGGCGGCGACGAGGUGCCGCGCCGACUUGCCCUUGUCAAAGAGGAGAGGACCCAAGUGAAGUACUCCCCGAGUCGCUCCUUUAUGCUUCCUCAUCGAUCGGAUGAGUCCGCUGCUUCUCCGCUCCAACAACGCCCGACUCUUCUGCACCGGCAGUCGCUGAUUGUCUCUGCAUUGGAUUUUGUGGAGCUGUACUCCAGUGGGACUGGAGCCUUCUCGGACCUCUACAAAUCGGCAAGGGAUGCGUGGGAGCUGGGAAAGAAAAUAUUAGAGGAACUGAAAGCUCCACCGCCGCCAUCUUCUUCGGUACCGGCGAUGGAAAGAUCGGCAGAAGAGAGCUGCCCGAUCUCGAUCCAGUUAUCGGGGGAGGAGCUCCAGGUUCGAAACAGAGUGAUGGUGCUGCCCUGUGGGCUCACACUGGGGUCCCACAUCACAUUGGUGGCAAGACCUCGCCGGUCUCAUGGGGAGUCUAACCCAAAGAUACCGUCUUUGAAAGAAGGGGAGCAUAGCGUCACGAUGUCUCAAUUCAUGAUGGAGCUGCAGGGACUCAAGACAGUGGAUGGAGAACAACCACCAAGGAUCCUCCACUUCAACCCUCGGUUGAGGGGGGAUUGGAGUGGAAAACCUGUGAUCGAGCAGAACACCUGCUACCGCAUGCAAUGGGGCACUUCUCAGCGAUGCGAGGGGAAGAAGUCCAAGGAUGAUGAGGAGACAGUUGAUGGGUUAGUGAAAUGUGAAGAGUGGAUUCAGGACGUUGAUAAUAAAGUGAAAAAAUCAAAGAUGGCUUCGUGGUUCAAUACUUUGAUAGGUUCCACAAAGAACUCACUCGAUCGGCCAUAUCCAUUUGUAGAGGGCAACUUAUUUGUUCUGACUCUAACUGCUGGCCUAGAAGGUUUCCAUGUGAAUGUUGAUGGGAGGCAUGUAACAUCCUUUGCUUAUCGCACUGGUUUUGUUCUAGAGGAUGCCACUGGCUUGUCACUGAAUGGAGAUCUUGACAUUGAGUCCAUAUAUGCUGCUUCUUUGCCUGCCAUUCAUCCUAUUUUUGCCCCACAAAGGCAUCUUGAAAUGUCUGCACAAUGGCAGGCUCCUCCACUUCCUGAUCAACCCAUUGAACUAUUCAUUGGCAUACUUUCAGCGGGCAACCAUUUUGCAGAGCGCAUGGCAAUCAGAAAAUCAUGGAUGUCUGCUGUCAGGGAAUCAUCAAAUGUUGUAGCACGUUUCUUUGUUUCAUUGGUAACUCUUGAGCUGCUUUGUGUUGCUCUUGUUCUUGUACUUUUAGUCCACAAUUUUAUGUUUCAGUAUUGGCAGCAUGGGAGGAAGGAAGUGAAUAUGGAGCUAAAGAAGGAAGCUGAAUUCUUUGGGGACAUUGUCAUAGUUCCCUACAUCGACAGCUAUGAUUUAAUUGUUCUGAAGACAGUUGCUAUUUGUGAGUAUGGGGCUCGAACCUUACCUGCCAAUUACAUAAUGAAGUGCGAUGAUGACACAUUUCUGAGACUUGAUUCAGUGCUCAAGGAAGUUAAUAAAGUGCCAACUGAUACAAGUCUAUACAUAGGGAACAUUAAUUAUUACCAUAAACCCCUUCGUUCUGGGAAAUGGGCUGUCACAUACGAGGAAUGGCCUGAAAAGGACUACCCACCUUAUGCAGAUGGCCCGGGCUAUGUUGUCUCAGCUGACAUUGCAUACUUUGUCAUAUCAGAGUUCGAAAAACAUACACUAAAAUUAUUUAAGAUGGAAGAUGUGAGCAUGGGCAUGUGGGUGGAGAGAUUCAAUAAUUCUAAUCCCGUUAAGUACGUGCACAACGUCAAGUUCUGCCAGUUCGGGUGCAUCAAUGAUUAUUACACUUCGCAUUACCAAUCUCCUAGGCAGAUGAUAUGCUUGUGGGAGAAGUUGCAGGCCGGAAGGCCGCAGUGUUGCAACAUGAGAUAUGGUGCAAAGCGUGCCUAAGGCAAACUAGAUGCUUGUUUCAUCCAUUUUCUUGAUGGCUGGCUACAUCCAAGCAGAUGAUCCACCUUCGCCACAUUCAUUCAUUAUUUGAUUCUCAAUUCAAUAUAGAUCUUUUUGCUGCCUACUGUACAUGUCUUCAAGGGUGGAUCAAUUGACUGGAACUCUCAAGAUUAUAAAAUUUCUGCCGGUAAGAUUCGUGUCAAAAUGUUCUCGUAAGUUAUUAAACAACAAAGGUCCUUCUAGAACACUUGACUUCUCGUCAUUUGAUGUCGAAAGAUAAUGAUGUAAU